CUGAGGUGUUUCCUAGGAUGGCGAGCCAGACGAAGAGCAGGGCUCUGAUCAUUGUCAAUUACAAAUUCCACGGAAGAAAUGCGGAAAGCGGACUCAUCCCAAGACCGGGAGCCAGGAGGGAAGCAGACAGGAUUUUCAAAGCAUUAUCCAAGUGCCAUUAUGCUGUGAAAUUGCGUUUUGACUUGACAGCUAAAGAAAUAGAAGAACUUUAUGAGGAAGAAUGUCACGCAGAUCACGGGGAGUGUUUUGUAAGCAUUUUGUCCAGCCACGGAGAAGAAGGGAUUAUCUAUGACUGUGAAGGACAGCCGGUUCAGCUCACGCGUAUUUUCCGGAUAUUAGAACCUGAAAGGUGUCACAAACUGGCGGGGAAACCCAAAAUCUUCUUCAUUCAGGCCUGCCGUGGAGAGGAAAUUGAUCAAGGUGUUUGGCUGCAGACAGACAGCGGUGGAGCACAGACUGAGUGUUUCUCACACUAUCUCUCCGUUCCUCAAGACACUGCAGUGAUGUAUUCUUGCAGUCCAGGCUACGCUUCAUUCAUCAAUCGGUGGGAAUCCAUGUUCCUCAAGGCCUUACUGGAGCUGCUAGAAGGAGAGGGAUGCCAUUUCGAAGUUGCCCGUUUGAUGACCCGAAUUAGCUGCAGAGUCGCCUUGGACUUUGAAGCGAAAGGGAUACACAGAGGGGGUAAAGAAAUGCCCUGCUUUGUCACCAAGAUGGUGAGAGAGGUUUACCCCUUCUCACAAGGAAGACAGGCCUCUCUCCAGUUCCACCAAGAAGAUGGCACCGACCCUGCUCCAUGGGAAAUGUCUCAAGGCGUAUAGCAGCAACGAAGCGUAAGGAAUCAGCCGCAUUCCUCGUCUGGGCAAGGACUCCUGUGAAACCAGGAAGCAGCUCCACCUUGGAAACGUGUGAUUGUUCCAAACUGGGCAAUAAUGGCCUGUUUGCUCUCCAAUGAAGGGUGAAUAAUGCAAGCACAUCUGAUAGGAUGGAGGUUUGUAGUAUGUGUGCCUUCUGCUCUUCCCUCAGUUUUUAAAAUCUAAUUUAAUGAACCUGUUGCCUAACAUCUGAGCUGGCCUAAACACCCAGCUUGUCCCAGAACUAAGAAAAGGGAAUUCCUGCUCCCUCUGCUUCGAUGAAGACCUGUGGAACAACCUGCAGCAAAACAUUACAGCAUGGAGUGCUCCUGUUCAGGGUUCCAUGCCUUCUUCAAGGCUACUCCAUUCCGUUCCACCACCCCAACAUUCUGCACUCCAUGCCUUCUGAGCAGGUUUAGCUACCACUGGGCUGCUUUGAGCUUCUGCUAGAAAAAGAAAAUAUAUCUCAGCAGAAUCUAUUUCCCUCUGCCCCAUUGAUACCACCCUACUGGGGUGCUAUGUUGCAUACUUAAAAGAUCCACACUUGGAAAAAGGCUUCAUGAUCAGUGUAUAUAGAACAAGGUGUCCCCAUGUGCUACUGAGACAAUUCUGUCCAUGAAAUAUUGCCAUGGGACAGUCCUCUGCAGGAAGGCUGUCCAGUCCCAGUCUAGUUUAAAGAGAAGUGUAAGAUCAGAGAUCAGGAGUGAACCUUGAUGUUGUCCAUCAACAAUGAGUACCUGGACAGCAGACUGAGCAGGUAUACAGCUCACCUGGGUCAGUCCUGUUCCUCACUGUGGUAAUGUUUCUAUUUAUAAUAAUUAUUUGCAUCUGUACAUAUAAAUUUGUUUAUAGAAAUGUUAUGCAAACCUGUGUCUUUUUUGUGAUACAUAGACAGCCACCCAAAUGUAGGCUUGUGUGAGAUAGCCUCUUUGCAAUCCCAACUUUCUUGUUUGCUUGCAGAAUUCCAUUUGCCUCAACCUAUCCUGUUUAUUACCAGCCUCUAUUCUCGUUCAGCUGUUUCCGAUGCCUAUUUCACCGUCCCCGUUUUUCCCUUUGGAGACGCCUUGUUAAAAUCAUGUUGCCACGACUGUCCUUCUUCAGGUUUCAGCUUCUUCUGCACGGUCUCCAAAGAGGAGAUGGACGCCUCUUAUAAUCAUUGAUUUAUUAUUGCCUUCUGAACAACCCUCCUGAGGCAAUUUUGCACAUGAAAUGAUUAAAACCAGUUAAAAACACAAUAGCAGCAAAUAUCUUUAAAGUGAGACUGAAACCAUAGCAAAGUACCGUAUUUUUCAGUGUGUAAGACUAGAUUUUUUCCCUUAAAAAUAAUGUCAAAAAUUAGGGGGCCUUUCAUACAUGGAUACAUCUCCCCCCAUUUUCUUAAAUCUGAGUCCCCCAAAAUAGGGGGAGUCUUAUACAUGGGGGUGUCUUAUAGACAGAAAAAUACAGUAGAUAUUUGUGAUAAACACCCAUUUUAUCUAGUUGGGGAAGCCUGUCAGAAUAAAAUUGUGGCAAAGGGAUAUUAAAAUUAUUUCAAGUUAUGAUUUAAAGGAAAACAUUUACAAAAUGCAAUUUAGGUGGUAUUUGAACCCGGUGCGACUGGCCAAGAUAUUUAAGGGAAGCAACAACAUCUGUUGGAGGUGCAAAGAAGAAACUGGAACUUUUAUACAUAUUUGGUGGUGGUGCAAAAGAAUAAGGAAAUUCUGGGAUGAGGUAUAUAAAGAGAUAAAAAAGAUAGCUAAAACACCAUUUAGAAAAGAACCUGAAAUAUUUCUCCUGAGCAUGCUGAAUGAAGAAAUAAAGGUAAAAGAUAGAUGUGUGUUAUUCUAUGCCACGGUAGCCGCCAGAAUCCUAAUCGCACAGAAUUGGAAAAGCAAUAAAAUUCUGAAGAUAGAAGAUUGGCAGAUGAAAUUAAUGGGAUAUAAAAAUUUGGCUGUUAAAAAUGGGAUCUCAAAAGGAUUAGGUAAGGAGAGAGCGGGGAAAGAUUGGGAAUCCUUCAAAAUAUAUUUAAAAACUAAGGUAGAAAAAGUGAAUCUUGUGGCAGAUUUAUGAAGGGCAAGGAAAUCAAAGAAAAAGAGAAAUUGGAAUUAAGCAUGCUUUAGAUAAAAGGAAAAUAAUCAAUAUACAGGAAAGACUGGAAGUUGGGAAGGUAGGGGGUAGAGGGAGGGAAUUUCACUUUUAAAUGAAAUAAUUAAAUAAGGUAGUUAAGGAUAUAGAUGAAAUAUAAUUUGAUUUUGGGUAUGAACGAAUGUAUGAUUAUAUUUUGAGUUUCUUUUUUAUGAUUUCUUAUAUGUUUGCAAUUAUUAUUAUUUACAUUAUUUAUUUAGGAUUAUAAUUUA